AUAGUACAACUUCCGCUACGAAAGAUCAGCUGACACUUGUAAACAGAAAACACAGGCGUGUGAGAGUGAAAUGGGUUGAUGAUGUAUUUAAUUAGCAAACAACCAAAAUGAUAUAGGUUGCUAAAUGUCUACGUGUCGAAUCCAGAAGAAAUGGAGGUGUUUGUGAUUCGGUCGGGAACUGCAGGAUCUACACGGACCGUUGCGCGUCACUUUCACAUCACAUGCUGACAGUUAAUCUGUGUGGAAAAGUGGGUCUGACGGAUCAUCUGUUCCUGAGCCGAGUGAAACAGGGUCCAUGGAGGAGCUGGAGCCAGAGGAACAGUUCCUCCGGUGUGCCAGGAAUGGAGACCUUCCUGGGAUUAAGAGGCUUCUCAUGUCCACAAUCAAAGAGGAAACACGGAUCAAUAUCAACUGCAAAGGGAAAAGUAAGUCCAAUCUUGGAUGGACACCUCUUCAUCUGGCCUGUUACUUUGGACACAAAGAUGUAGUGGAGGAACUACUUGAGGCUGGUGCCGAUGUGAACUUACCCAACAACAUGGGAGACACUCCACUGCACAAAGCCGCCUUCACAGGAAGAAAGGAAGUGGUCAUGCUGCUGCUGCACUUUGAUGCAUGCGCUACAGUCAUUAAUGGCACAGCACAAAUCCCCAAAGAUGUUACCCAAAAUGCAGAGAUCAGAAGCAUGCUAGAAGCGGCUGAAAGAACAGAAGAGAGAAAACUUGAGGAAGAACUUCUGGAAGCAGCAAGGGAAGGAGACAUUUCUACUCUGACACGACUGCUGAGCCUGAAAAGGAGUCCAGAUAUCAGCUGCACUGAUCUCCUGGGAAACACACCGCUCCACUGUGCUGCGUACCGUGGCCAGAAGAACUGUGCUCUGAAGCUGCUGAAGAGUGGAGCCAACACUAAUAUCAAGAAUAAGAAGGGUCAGACAGUGCUGGACUUGGCCAGUGACACGGUGAUGAUUCAGCUUCUGCAAGGACACUUUCACAGAGGUUUGGCCAGUUAUGCCAAGAAACACGAGGGUCAGCUCUACAAGAGUUCCAGAUUUUUUGGAUGGCAUUCCUACUGGGUGGUCCUUCAAAAUGGAGUUCUGUCCUGGUUCCCUAAACAGUGCGACGCCGAUGCCAACACGAGACGACAGGGCUGCAAGUCUCUCACGCACGCUCAGUGUCUGAUAGGAGCUAAAGACGUCUGCUUUUUCACCCUCAAGUGCUUUGAUGACAGCGUGCAUCACUUCAAAGUUUCACCUAAAAAUGACCCAGAGGCCACAAGAAAAGCAUGGCUGGAUGCUGUGGAGGAGCAUGCAGCCUACAGCACACACUACUGCUCCCAGGAGCAAGGCAGCGAGGAAGAGGAGGAGGAGGACCCUGUGACACUGAGCGAUCUGGGAAAUUCCCUACAGGCUGCGGAAAUGAGUCACAUGAAGCUGGAGAAGGAGGUGGCAGCGUUCCUCGCCAUGCUGAAAAGCGACGGGCUGGCAGAAAGGUUUCCGUCCACCAUCCUGCAGAGGAUUCAGGAUAUCAGCGAGCUGUCCAGUGAGACCAGUUCUAACCUCAGCAUCUGUCUCGGCCUCUUCUCCAAACAGGAAGGGGUGCGCAGUCUGAAAUUGGAGCAGGAGGUGGAGAAGAACAAGAUCCUCUCCCAAGCGCUGCAGACUCUGGCCACAGAGCAUCACGAACUUGAGCAAUCCGUCGUCAAGGGGUCCUCACCAGGAAAUGCCCUCAGUGAGGAUGAGUUCCACGAUGCUUUGUCUGAAUCUGACUCGGAGCAGUCGCUGAGCGGCUUCGAGACCGUGGCCAGUUAUUCCUUUGAUGAAGAGGAGGAGGGCUCUCUCAUGUUAAGCAGUCAUUACAGCAGUCCCAUCAGCAUGUUGCAGGAGGAUCACCAUGGCGACAAGGACGAACCUCAAUCCAACGGGAUCACAAAGUAUAGGAGCAGUUUACCUGCACCCAUGUUUUCAAGGAACGACUUCAGCAUUUGGAGUAUUCUCAGGAACUGCAUUGGAAUGGAACUCUCCAAAAUUACAAUGCCGGUGAUUUUCAACGAGCCGCUCAGCUUCUUGCAGCGUCUGACCGAGUACAUGGAGCACACGUACCUCAUCCACCGGGCCAACACCUGCUCCGACUCCAUAGAGAGGAUGAAGUGUGUGGCUGCUUUUGCUGUGUCAGCUGUCGCCUCCCAGUGGGAGAGAACUGGAAAACCCUUCAACCCCCUGCUGGGAGAAACCUAUGAGCUGGUUAGAGAGGAUUUGGGCUUUCGGCUUAUUUCGGAGCAGGUGAGCCACCAUCCACCCGUCAGCGCCUUUCACGCUGAAGGUUUGCAGAAAGACUUUGUGUUCCAUGGAUCCAUCUACCCCAAGCUCAAGUUCUGGGGCAAGAGUGUGGAGGCUGAGCCAAGAGGGGUCAUCACUUUGGAGCUGCCCAAGUACAAUGAGGCGUACACCUGGACAAACCCCACUUGCUGCGUUCAUAAUAUCAUUGUGGGGCAGCUGUGGAUCGAACAGUACGGAAGCAUGGAGAUCAUCAACCACAAGACUGGAGAAAAGUGUUGCUUGAAUUUCAAACCCUGUGGGCUGUUUGGUAAAGAGCUCCAUAAAGUGGAGGGGUUUAUUCAGGAUAAAAGUAAAAAGAAGCUGAGCGCUCUCUAUGGGAAGUGGACCGAGUGCCUGUAUGUGGUGGAGCCUUCCGCCCUGGAGGCAUAUAAAAAGAACGACAAGAAAGGAACGGAAGACAAAAAAGGCGCCAGAACGGGCUGCAGUGAGGGUGAGGUCCCGCACCCAGCUGUGGACAGUGUGGACAUGAUUCCCGGCAGCCAGCUCUUGUGGAGAAUAGCUCCCAGACCAGCCAACUCUGCCCAGAUGUACAGUUUUACAUCCUUCGCAAUGCAGCUGAACGAGCUGCGGAGAGAGAUGGAAGGUGUUAUUCCCACUACCGACUGCAGGAUGAGGCCGGACAUACGAGCCAUGGAGAACGGCGACAUUGACCUGGCCAGCGAGGAGAAAAAGAGGCUGGAGGAGAAGCAGAGAGCGGCUCGCAAGAACCGCUCCAAGGCGGACGAAGACUGGAAGACCAGGAGUCCUGCCCUUGGCCCCAGGUGGUUUCAACAAGGCACAAAUCCUCACACGAGCUCCCAGGACUGGAUCUUCUCUGGUGGCUACUGGGAGCGGACAUACGGUCAACUGCCUGACAUUUAUUGAUGAGGACGGAGUCAAGAGAUCUCACCAUUGUUUCCUCUGUGGAGUCUUUAAGAAUGAUAAGUGUAUAUUUUUAUCCAGCUGUGACUCCUGAAAUGGUGCCUUAAAUGAGUUUAUACUACAUAUGAGCUGUGGAAUGUUGUGUACCGUUUUGUGCUCAUGGAGACACAUUCAUAUCACUUGAUCUUUUAGAAUUGUUUUCUUUUAAAUGUUGAAUUGUACAUGUAUACCAAUUUAAAUGGUUUAUGUUGUGGUGGUUUCUCCUGCCGUGUUUUACUUCCUAAAAGAUUAUUAUUCUCUACUAAAACAUUUGUUUAGAAUAUGUUCGGUGAUAACUUAUUGCUUUUUUUUAUUGGUUAAUCAUUUUUAUUUUAUUUUGUCAUCUAAAUGUAUGUUGGAAUCUGUCGUUCCCAGAAGCUCAUGAUGGCUGCCUGAUCCGAGAUUUAUCACAAGCAAAACUUCUUGCUCAAAUUUGAUACCCAACAUUUGAUAACUAAGUCUCAUUAAAAGCUCUUGAGGUGAAGAUACAGGACAGUUGUUGUUCUUGUCGACUUUAAACGACGUUCCAAAUUGAGAUAUCCUGCACCAAUGACGAGAAAUUAACCUCAGGAGCGACAUCUAAUGGCCACGCGAGGAACACCAUCCUGUGUAAGUCAAUUGACGUUUGCACAAUGACUAAUGUACCUCAGGGUUUCUGCCUUGCUUUUCUGCGUUUCCCCGAUAUUACUUUACACUUCAAUCUUAUAACUACAGUCAUA